CAACAGCGUUGGUGUCUCCACACUAUUCUCUUUCCUCGGUAUUGCUCGUUUUUGUAUCAGGAGAUCUACGUCCAAACAUAGUAGCUGAUAGACUGCACCGUUCGCAUCGCCGUAUGAGAACUCAUCAUCGCCUAUAGAUACGAGCACCAUGCCAUACAAACUUUCCGGUUGGCAUCGAUCCAGUCACUCGUUUCUUUCUUGGCCCUCGCUGCGGUUUUCUUGUUUGUCAUCGCUCAGUUGAUACCACCAUGGUAGCUUACGCUCCUUAUGUUGCCGUUGCGGCAUCGUUGUCGUCUGUUUACCACGCGGUUACCCCCUCCUCGUUCACCACUCCUACUGUCUGUCAGGCUGUGACUGCUACUGUCACCGAGUACGCGACUGCAACUAUCACCAGGUACGCGACUAUAAGACCGACUGCGACUACUUCGACUACUUCGACUACUACGUAUAGUCACGGACUGUACAACAACCCUUAUAAUAAUAUUCCGCUUCCUUUCGAGUGGCCGGGUAAGCCAUCCGAGGGUGAGAUCUACGCUCCUCCUCAACCUCCGACACCAUACGAGUAUGGAGGGCCAGCGAAGGACCGCUAUGAAGAGCCGUGCUGGAUUCCUAAGGGUGUACACAAUCUCACUACUUCCCUUAACAAGGGCAAGCAGAGUGGUAGUUCGCGGUGGGGCGAGAUUGAUUGUCCUCACCUUCCGGUCGAUGGGCUUCCGGGCAGUCCUUCAUACCAGUCAAGCUCAGUGCGUCAUGCGCAACCACCGUACCCGUAUCCCACGGCUUCUGGAUAUCCAUACAACUCUGCCAACGCCACUAGAACGAUGUAUACCCAUGGAUCUACUGGCACUGGCACUAGCACUCCACGAGCAGAUCCUCUUUGCCCGACCAUACCUGACACUGGUGUUACCCGGACGUACAAGCUACAUGUUGCCUACCAAACGAUAGCUCCCGAUGGUGUUACAAGGAAUGGGGUGACCAUCAACGGUCAGUUCCCUGGGCCACUCGUGGAAGCCAAUUGGGGCGACUGGAUCAAAUUCGAGAUUAAAAACGACUUGACCAAUGAGGGAACUACUAUUCACGCUCACGGUUUGUUUCAGAAAGAGACUUCCUGGUACGAUGGUGUGCCUGCUGUUGCCCAAUGUCCCAUCAUGCCCAAUGGCGGUACCUUUGAGAUGCUCUUCCGAGCGGAUCGAUAUGGUUCCUCGUGGUAUCACAGCCAUUACAGUGGCCAGUACUCUGGAGGUGCUCACGGCCCAAUGGUCAUCUACGGACCUAAGCACCAGGAGUACGACAUCGACAUUGGUCCGAUUAUUCUUGAAGAUUGGUUCCACGCCGACUACUUCUCACUUGUAAAUCAGACGAUGAAUGGCCGCUUUCCGCCUUCAAACAACAACCUAAUCAACGGCCGCAUGAAUUAUCCUUGUGCUAACACUACACUUCCAUGUACGCCUAAUGCUGGUGUUUCCAAGUUUCAGUUUCAAUCCGGAAAGAAGCAUCUCCUGCGACUUAUCAACGCUGGCGCCGAAGGCAACCAGAAAUUCAGCAUUGAUGGGCAUCAGUUGAAGGUCAUUGCCGUUGACUUCAUCCCUGUCGAGCCGUACACAACCAACGUCGUCACGCUCGCUGUGGGCCAGCGCACUGAUAUCAUUGUCGAAGCUAUUGGCAAGCCGAGCGACAUUUUCUGGAUGCGCUCCCAGCUCGCUCAAGGAUUCCGCUGCACUCUCACCGACGGCAUAUCGCCCAACGCACUGGCAGCAGUGUACUACGAGGAUGCGGACACCGAUUCUGUCCCCGCCACUACUUCAAGCGUCACUACCGAUCAGCUUUCCAUCUGCAAGAACGAUGAGCUCACUGUCGCCCUUCCACUAUGCAAGAUUCCUCUAGAGACACCGGACCAUACUGAACGCAUUGAUUUCGAGUUCAAGUCUAAUGGCACUAACUUUAUUUGGUACCUCAACAAUAGCACAUACCGUGGCGAUUACAAUGCACCUACGCUUCUCAAAGCCAAACGUGGAGAAACAGACUUCAAGGCUGAAUCGAAUGUCUACCAGUUCCCCGGUGCCCAGCACGUGCGUCUCCACCUCGUUAACCACGGGUUGAUUGGCGGCCACCCUAUUCAUAUGCAUGGCCACGAUUUCCAUGUCCUAGCUGAAGGAUUCGGGGACUGGGAUGGCACUGUGGUCAACUCUGGCAAUACCCAGCGGAGGGACGUACACCAGAUGCAAAACGCCCGCAACGUCACUGGUACCGUCGAGCCUUCCUUUAUGGUUAUGCAGUUUGUCCAGGAUAACCCGGGAGCAUGGCCUCUCCACUGCCAUCUAGCGUGGCAUGUCAGUGGUGGCUUGUUCAUGCAGAUUCUGGAACGCCCGGAGGAUAUCGUGAAGCAAGACUUUGAUACGGAUGUUUUUGGGUUGUGUGAUCUCUGGGAUGCUUACUCGGCUGUCAAUCCACCGAAUCAGAUUGAUUCCGGUUUGUGAAAGGGUGUUGUGUUAUAAUGGGAGAUGAGGGGGAAGAGAAGGAAAAUAGAGAUGGUUGAACCGCAUUUCAUACCAAUGCGACAACUCUGUACAAUUACUAAUUAGUGCUAGGUAUCAUAUUCUAUGUUUGCGAAGAUAAUUUUCUUCAUUCCAAUCCUGAAAGCCUACUGUCAAAUAAAUGGAAGCGUUUCAACUUCCGCUCACGUAUCGUUAUUCCUAGUAAUUGAAGCCCAUCACUGAACGGUCAUUAGGAAUCUUUCAUACAUGUGAAUGAAUCUAGGAAGUAUGAUAGCAGCUUCGGUCUUCUAGUGUAGGCGGCGGCGAACAUUACGCCUGCUGCCAUUCCUCCUUGCGUUUCUGUUCAAGAUUUGUGAUACAAUAGUGUGAUAUGAAGAUAGCCAGGCUACACUAUCUAAGAGGAGGAUAUAUUAUUGUCCCCUUAAGAUUGCGAUAUUUAGGUGGAGGAAGCUAAUCUAGGGGGGAUGAAGAUAAUUGC